AUGGAGAAGAAGAAGAGUGAAAAUGGAGGUGGGUUCUCAGGGAAAGAAGCGAGAGGGAAGGAAGUGAAGAUAAGUCAGGUAUUGUGGUGGCGGAGAAGGAACAGAAGGUUGGCGAUCAAUGGGGUGGCUUCUGAGCAUAGAUUCUUUGGUGUUUUCAUAGGGUACAAGCUAGGUUUCGCUGAAUGA